UACAUCCGGUUUCAUCCUCAUCGAGUCAACAUGGCUAACCAAACUGGUAACUUUGGAUAUGACAGAGAUCUCUCUGGUCUAUUUGACGUCAUUGUUGGGCUGUGCAAGGACUAUAUGCUCCAGUAUGAAGACAGAGAUAGCAAAGUGAUAGAAUUUCGCAGCCCAAGCGAGAUAUCCUCACUCGUUGACAUGAGCCUACCAGAAGAGCCCGUUGAUGAAGACAGGAUAGUAGAGCAAGUGAAGAGCGUAUUAAAAUACUCUGUGCAUACAAACCAUCCGUAUUGUAAUAAUCAGUUGUGGUCCAGUGGAGUGGAUCAGGUUGGUCUACUGGGACAGUUCCUGACCUCCACUGUUCAUACGUUGAUGUAUACCUUUGAAAUGGCUCCUGUCUUCACUGUAAUGGAGGCCACCAUAUUGCAGAGACUGAGGCAGAUGAUAGGAUGGUCUGGUGGAGAAGGAGAUGGAAUAUUUACUCCUGGUGGCUCAAUUGCUAAUUUGUAUGGUUUGAUGGCUGCACGAUAUCAUAAAUAUCCAGAAACCAAAGAAAAGGGGAUACAGCAUUUACCACGUCUAGUUAUAUUUGGAUCUGAACAAUGUCAUUAUUCUAAUCAAAAGUCAGCCAUUAUAAUGGGGAUUGGGACUGAGGCUGUCAUUAAAGUUAAAUGUGAUCCCUUUGGUAAAAUGGAUCCAGUUGACCUUGAUAAACAAAUUGAAGAAGCUAAAACUAAAGGAUAUGCUCCAUUUGCCGUGGUAGCAACUUCAGGCAGUACAGUAAUUGGUGCUUUUGAUCCAAUCGGUCCAAUCGCUGACGUUUGUGAUAAGCACAAUCUGUGGCUGCAUAUUGAUGCUGCUUAUGGUGGAGGUGUUUUAUUUUCUGAUAACUACAGACAUUUAAUGGCCAAUGCACACAGAAGUGACUCCAUUACUUGGGAUCUGCAUAAAAGUGCUACUGUGCCACAGCAAUGCUCCGCCAUUUUAUUGAAACACAAGGGUUUAUUAGCAAUGUGUAAUUCGACAAAGGCAAGCUAUUUAUUUCAAAGAGAUAAACAGAAUUACGAUGUGAGUUUUGAUACUGGAGACAAGUCAAUACAGUGUGGAAGACUCAAUGAUGUAUUGAAACUAUGGAUCAUGUGGAAAGCUAAAGGAAAGAAUGGAUUUGCUAAACAAAUGGACAACUCGAUUGGGCUUGCCAAGUAUUUGGCAAAGAGAGUAAAGGAGAGAGACGACUUUGAAUUAAUAUUAGAGCCUGAGUACACUAAUGUUUGUUUUUGGUACAUUGCUCCAAGUGUGCGUGGGAUCACUGAUCAGAACGAAAGGAAACAAAAAUUGAACGGGAUAGCCCCCAAAAUAAAAGCAAGACUAAUGGCAGCUGGUACACUAAUGCUAGGAUACCAACCAUUAGGAGAAUAUCCUAACUUUUUUAGAAUGGUCACAACAUGCCCACAAGGCAAAGAAGCAGACAUGGACUUUUUACUAAAUGAGAUCAAAAGACUAGGAAAAGACUUGUAACAAUUUUAUAG